AAUGUCAACUCUGUCUGCAUCAGAAAGACGUGAAAGAGAUUACAAUAUGUCACAAAAAAUGCACUGGCAAAAAUCCUCCUCUGACCAAUCACAGCAGCGACCUUAUUUAGGUGUUCGUGUGAAAGAUCCUGUAAAGGAACUCCUUAAAAGGAAACGCAAAAACAUUGAGAACACUAACACAACCACAAAUAGCACAAUGGUUUUGCCACACCUUUCGAUGACAUGCUAUUCACAAAUAGGACAUCCUAUGUUCCCGGAGACUGAUAUUCCUUCACCAUCAAUGCAAAAUGCUGAAGAGGGAAAUUUCCACACUACAUGGUUGCCUCAAUCGUCUUCUGCUACCCUGCAGCCGUUGCCACAAUGGUCACCAUGUCCGGAAUACCCCUUACAUGAGACAGUAAACACCUCAUACAUGCAAGACAUGUGUAUGCAGCCUGUCUGUUCCAGCUAUGCAGUAGUGGGACCUCCCUCGGUGAUGUCUUACACUCCACAACCAUUGUUGAGCAACUUUGGGGUGAAUUGUCAGUCGAGAGCCCCCACACCAGGUGGUAUUCCACAGUUGGACCUUGCAGAUCAGCAGCCAGCGCUCAGCUACUUCUCUUGGAGCCAGACACUUUCAUCGCUGCCAGCACCAGUGGCUCCAUGUCAGACAAACUCACUGCAGCCUCUGCCACCUCAGUUUGUACCCCUGCCCAUUUCCGUUUCCGAGCCUGGGCUGAUGGAGCUGGAGGAUGCCAGGAGGACCAUUGCAAACAUGGCCAUUGAAAAACUGCUCCAGCAAGAUGAAGAUAAUGACACGAUUCUUCACAUCUACGCAGCCAAAGGAAUGCGGGAACAUGCCUAUGCAGCAGCUGAACGAAUGCGUGAGCUCAGAAGACUUGAUACUAAAGAACACCGGGGAAAGACACCCCUAUUGGUUGCUGUGGUCGCAAAUCAGCCUCUGAUCGUGCGGGAUCUAAUUAUGUUCGGUGCUGAUCUGAAUGCUGUGGAUGACAGAGGACAAACCUUUCUACAUCUGGCUGCUACCUAUGGCCACUUGAGUAUCAUUCAGAUGGUCAUUGCAGCUGGGACAUUGGUAAACUUGGAAACCAGGGACUAUGAAGGGCUUACUCCUUUGCAUUGUGCUGUCAUUUCUCAUAACUCGGUUUUUCGGGAACUGUGCUACGAUCCUAACCUGUUACCACAGAGGCAGGAUGAGCUACAGUGCAAAGCUGAACAACUGCUGUCCUGCAUUAGACUACUAAUUGAAAUGGGAGCCCUGAUAACCAGCCAGGAUGUGAAAAGCAAUAAAACAGUGGCACACUUCGCAAUUCAGGAAGGAAACCUCUUACUGUUGGAUUAUUUUCUGAAACUCAGUGGCAGCAGGUCACAUGAAUUUGUCAACAUGAAGGCUCAUGGAAAUACUGCAUUGCAUAUGGCUGCAGGUCUCCAAAAUGAGAGAAAUCAAGAGAGGAUAAUCAAACUGCUGUUAUAUCAUGGAGCUGAUCCCAGCAUUCGGAACCUGGAAAAUGAUCAACCCAUUCAUCUGGUGCAACCGGGAGAAGAAGGAGACCGGAUCAGGUACCUCUUGAAGAAAGGGAGAAUUGGAACAGGAUCAAACCCUCGAAAUGCUGCAUCCUAGAAAUGUAGUCCCCAAUCUGGACUAUUCCUGCUAUCUUCACUCCUGCGGAAUGAACAUGUACCUUAUAUUAGGAAUGUUUUAAUGUGCAUUCAUAUGUAAGACUUCAAGGUGUAGCUGCCACUGUACUUUAAUACAUCACAGUAUCACAUUCAACAAAUUACUGGAACAAUCUUUACCUUUUUAGCACUCAACAAGCAUAAGGGCAAAUUUGUUUCCAUUAAAAACAACAUCUGUUUUUAACACAGAAUUCUAUGAAACUCAUAAUUCUGAUUCAAUUCGGAGAAAGAUUUGUAUAGUCCCUUCAUAAUGUAAGCAUGCCGUAAAACUCCUUACAGCCAAAGAAAUAGCCUUCAUUGAGUUGAUGGAUUGGGAAUAACACAGCUCAAUGAUAAAUUGUAUAAACAAAUCAUUUUUAUCCUUUAAGUAAAAGUAGUUUUUGAACUCAAUGUAAACCUGACUAGUCAGUUUGAUCAUUGAAAAUUCAUUGUACUGUUUGUGAUUGGCAAAAAGAAUCAUAGAAUCCUUACAGCGUGAACAGGCCAUUCAGCCCAACAAAACCACACUGACCCUCCAAAGAGUA